GCGUCACUAAAGACAGAGAGAGAGAGGCGGCGACUCUUGGGAUCAAAUCAAUCACAGGAUUAUUAUUUUGACUCUUGUUUGAAUCUGCGAGAUUUCUGAGUUGUCAGAUCUUUGCUUUUCCGAUUUUUAGGGAGUUUUUGUUGAAGACUCUGCUCUAACAUGUCUGGAAGGAAAGAAACGGUUUUGGAUUUGGCUAAGUUUGUUGAUAAGGGUGUGCAAGUUAAGCUUACUGGUGGUAGACAAGUCACUGGAACUCUUAAAGGCUACGAUCAAUUGCUCAAUCUUGUUCUUGAUGAAGCAGUAGAAUUCGUUAGAGACCACGAUGAUCCUUUGAAGACUACCGACCAGACAAGACGCCUUGGUUUAAUUGUUUGCCGUGGAACAGCGGUCAUGCUCGUCUCACCAACCGAUGGCACUGAAGAAAUCGCUAACCCAUUUGGUCAACCAGAAGCUGUUUAAAUAAUUUCUUCCCAAACAUUAUGUCUCUCUAUUAGUUUGAACUUGGCCAUUUAGAGAGAGUAUUUUGUAUCUGACUAUCUGGUGUGAUGUUGGAAACAUAUAUGUUCGUUCAAUUUAAACUAUUUGGAACAUCAUA